GCGGAAAAAGCCCGCGGUGAGAACAAGAGACGAUACAGAGAGCCCCAAAGCGAUGUGCAUAGACAUCCUAAUCAAUCACGCAAAGCAAGAGUCAGCACCAAAUCCCCCACGAUGAAGAUAGCGGCGCACCGCAACCCCGCGCGGCCUCAUGACGAACCUGUAUGACAUCCCCGCCGGGCUGGUCACCGGCAUCGACGACAGCUCGCUGGCGGCGCAGAUCAUCGUGGCCGUGAUCCUGGCCAUUGCGUUCUACAACUCCGUGGAGCUCGUUGUCCUGAUCUUCCUCACCUUCAAGAAGUACCGCGGCCUCUACUUCUGGUCGCUGCUGGUCUCCACCGUGCUGGGCGUCAUCCCCAGCGUCGUCGGCCCCGUGCUGCACUUCUACUCGCUCGGCCCCCUCCUGCUCGCCCUGCUCAUCUCCAACCUCGGCUUCUACGCCAUGGUGCCCGUGCAGUCGCUGGUCCUGUACUCCCGCCUGCACCUGCUGCUCCGCCACCCGCGCCGUCUGCGCCAGAUCCUCUCCCUGAUCCUGCUCACCACCGCCAUCCUGCUGCCCCCGACCACCGUCACCACCUACGGGUCCGCCUUCGUGGGCACUCCCCCCUGGAACGCCGCGUACCAGGUCAUCGAGCGCGCCCAGGUGACCGGGUUCUGUCUGCUGGAGCUCCUGCUCUCCGCCCUGUAUAUCCGGGAGGCGGUCCAGGUGCUGUGGGCGGGCGAUCCCGCCCUGCUGCGUCGACGGCGCGAGUCCGGGCAAUCCGACGGGGCUGGCGGCAGCGGCAGCGGCGCCGGGAAUGUGAUCUACCAACUCGUGGCCAUCAACUUCGUCAUCAUCGCGCUCGACGUCGGCCUGCUCGUGCUGGAAUAUGUCGGGCUCUACUAUCUGCAGGUCGCGUUGAAGUCGCUGGUUUACAGUAUCAAGCUGAAGCUGGAGUUCGCCGUCUUGGGUCGGCUCAUCACCCUCACGGGCCGGCAUGUCCAUCGCGAGGCGGAGGUCGCAAGAUUUGAAGAGCCGGCGAGGGUGCCGGACUUUGUCGGGGCGGAGUAUGCGGCGGUCGAUUUCACGCACCCUGUCCGGACCUCGAAACCAUCGAUGUCCUCGGGGUGAGGAGCGGAGAUGCGUGCGAGCGCUAUAUACAGGGAAAGGUGUUGGUGCACGGGCCAUCGCAUGAAUCCAUGUUCGUAAUUGCCAAUGUUAAGACCAUGCGUCUGUUACCGUCUACAGCCCAGAGCCGGGUUACGUGGGCGGCGUGGCACUGUUGCAGCUUGAAAU